AUGUUGAUGCGACUGGGACGACAUCACUGCUCUCGUCCGCUGCUUACAGCACGUUACAUUACGCCAAGAUUCUUUGCUAAUGUACGCCGCUUGUCUAAUAUCACUACCAAUCCAGAUCUGAAGCCUCGCGCCCCCAUUCGUCCCACGAAGCAGAUGGUAGUCACAGAGCUCAAAGAAGUGGGCAAACUCAUGUUUGGUGGCUUAGCAAUCGUAACGGUUCUUAUUGUAUCGGGAGGGUUCGUAAUUGAAACAGUCAAGACUUUAAACCCUAUGAAGCCUCCAGGGUUCAUGGUACAAGUCGUUGGACCGGACGGAGAGCCAACUAAAGUCCACGUACAGCGUCAAGGUGCUGGAGACGUGACGGUUCUACUUGACGGGGGCGUGGGGGAGACAUCAUUUGACUGGGAUAAAGUAGCAACACAAGUGGCCAAUUUUGCAACUGUCGUGAGCGUGGAUCGACCAGGACUGGGCUUCUCCAAGCCUGGAGCUAUUCCGCGAACCUCUGCGCAGAUUGUCAACGAAUACAAGCAAAUUUUUGAGAAAUUGAACGUGACGGGAGAUGUGGUGCUAGUGGCUCAUGGAGCAGGAGGGUAUAAUAUGAGACAAUUGGCGGAAGAGCUGAAGUUGGCACCUGGAAAUAGCCCCACCUGUGGAGGACUAGUGCUGGUCGACGCCUUGCACGAAAACUUGCGCGGCAAACUGGAGCACGUUUCAGAGGUUGUGCAUGAAUCGCUGUCGGAAAUGGACAGCAAUGGCGAGACGGUGUUGCGACUUGCGCGCGUAGGGCUUAUCCGACUCAUUAACGUCGUGCAAUAUUCUAAGUUGGAGGCGAUGUAUUCUGCUGCUGCGUUGCCGUACGUUCAGUACUAUGCGCCGUCACCAGCUCACCGCGAAGGCGUAUUACAUGAGACUCAGGCCAUCCCGGAGACGGAGCAGCGCUUCCAGGACAUUGCGUCCAGCACGACGCCUUUUGAGUUCCCAUGCGUUGUGCUUUCACACGGGAAAGCUGGUAUGUUUGACAGCAUAAAGAUGCAAAAGGGUGUUACUGCACACACUUUGGCAGAAUUGGAGCGCAUAUGGCUGGACGCUCAGACUAAGCUAGCAAACCUAGUUAGUAAUCGGACUGUACAUCUCGUGGUAAAUGACGCCGGUCACUGUAUUCACCACGAAAAGCCGGAAGUGGUCGCAAAGGCUGUUCGUGCCUUGGUUGAUGAGAUCCAUGGUGAUGUUGAUGAGCACCGCGGUCUGAUGUCGCUCGCGAAGGACGCGUAG